AUGUACAUACUCACCCCGGGCCGGUGCAACCAGGAAUGGCCGUCCGAGUUCACGGUCACGGGCUCGCUCAAGACCUGGUCCGUCGUCGACGAGCUGCAGCACAUCACAGCCCCGACGCUCGUGCUCAACGGCCGCUUCGACGAGGCGCGCAACCUCGCCGUCGCGCCGUUCUUCACGCACAUCCGUGGUCCCGUCAAGUGGGUCGAGUUCGCCGAGAGCAGCCACAUGCCGUCUACGAGGAGCAGGAGCGCUACCUCGAGGUCGUCGCAGAGUUCCUGGCCCAGUAGGUUCCGUAGCUAG